AUGGAGGGCUUCGCCACGGACGGCGGUUACGCCGAUGCGCCGACCUACGCCUACCCGUCCGAAUCCGAGGCAGCGCAGCAGCCGCCGCUUCCCGCGGGGCCGAUCCAGCCCGAGCCGGCCACAGGGCAGGCCGCUCCGGUGGGAGUUCCGCCGGCGCGGGGCGGCGAUGGCGAUCCGAGCUUUCAAAAUGGCGGCUGGUGGCCUAGGCAGGAGGGGACGGUAUCCUGUGGCGCUGAAAUUGAGAACGGGAUAGGCAGUUUGGUUCCGGGGGAGGGAGGCCCGGUGACAGCGCAUGGCGAGGGAUGCGACCCGAACACGGAGGCUGGAGGCGGAGCCUGCGCCGGUGGACCGGUGCAGGCGGGUGGAUAUGCCGAUCAGCAAGUGCAAGGGGCCGGUGGGGCGUGGAGUUACGGCCAGGCGCAGGGCGUGGGGCAGGAGAGCAAUGGAGCUGCACAGGCGGGGUAUGAGGCGUAUGGGAACCCGGGGUGGGGACAGGAGGCGCUGGAGGGCCAGAGGGCGCCGUGGGAGCAGACUCAGAAUCAGAUGGGGUCGGGUGUGCCGGGCGGGUGUCCUGAGCCCGGCGCGGAGGCUCCGGCUCCCACGAGGAAGAGAAGGAACAGAUGGGGCCCCGUGGAGGCCGAGGCGGCGCCCUGCAGCGAUCCUGGGGACGGUGCAGGCAAGACGAAGAAGCGGAGGAGCCGGUGGGAGACGAACGAUGAUGCGGCUGGGGCGGGUGCCCUGACGGUGGUGCCCAAGUUUCCAAAGGAACUGACUCUGCCAGGCGGCAUCAGGGUGACUCUGCCUCCUCACCUUACCGGUGAGCCUAUCCACACUGACCCUGAGCUCAGGGACUUGCAUGAGGAACUUGCAGAUGUGAGCCGCAAGAUUCUCAACAACGAGGUGGAUUUGCCUCCAGAGCAUGAGCGCUCUCCCUCACCAGAGCCUGUCUAUGACAAGAUGGGCAUUCGGCUGAACACAAGGGAGGUUCGCUAUAGGGAGAGGCUGAUUGCGAGAAAGAGUGAGCUGAUUGAGGAACUUAUUAAGAAGGACAGCAAUUACAAGGCGCCUGCAGAUUACAAACCCCAGAAGAAGUCUGCCAAGAUCUACAUCCCUCAGAAGGACUUCCCUGGGUAUAAUUUUAUUGGGCUGAUCAUUGGCCCCCGUGGCAACACCCAGAAGAGGAUGCAGAAGGAAACAAACACGAAGAUUGCCAUCCGUGGCAGGGGCUCUGUGAAGGAAGGAGCGGCCAGAGACCCAAAGUAUGACUAUGGCGAGGAUGAGGAGCUCCAUGUACUGAUUACUGGGGACAAGCAGGAGGAUGUCGAUCAGGCAGCCAACAUGAUUGAGAAGCUGCUCCAGCCUGUGGACGAAGAGCGGAACGAGCACAAGCGCAUGCAGCUGAGGGAGCUCGCGGCUUUGAAUGGCACGCUCAAGGAUGACCAGACCUGCUACCUGUGUGGCAACUCAGGCCAUCGGUCGUACGAGUGCCCGAAGAAGGCGUUGGACCUCUACAAGCUGCCUACCCACAUCCAAGAGAAGGUGGAUGAGCAGUACCAGAAGGACGUUGCUCGAGUGAGGCCAGAGGAGGCUGGCAAGUUGGACAACGAGUACAAGUCGUUCCUGAUGGAGCUUGGUGGCGGCCCACAGCCAGACCCCAUGAGUGGUGGACCGGGGCCCAUGGUCAGCAGCAGGGAUGACCCAGCAGCCAGGAUGAAGCGGCCUGGAGAUGACAUGCCAGAUGAUUGCAAACUGUACGUCGGCAAUCUGGCGACGAGUUUCAGCGACAGCAUGCUCAGGCAGCUGUUCGACCCCUUUGGUGAGGUCAUGCAUGCCACAGUGUUGAUGGACCUAUCGACGGGGACGAGCAGGGGCUACGGCUUUGUUCACUUCACCAACAACAUGGACUCAAGGCAUGCAGCAGAGGAGAUGAAUGGCAAGCUCGUGGACGGACGCCCCCUUGUGGUGCGGCUCCGCUCCGAGGGGCCGCCGACACAGAAGCCCAAGUACGGGGUGCAGGAGCCGGACGACUGCAAGUUGUACGUCGCACACCUGCCCCUCACUGUCAACGAGUUGACCCUUCGGAAACUCUUUGAGCCAUACGGCCAAGUGGGAGAGGUCAAGCUGAUCACAGACCGUGUGACAGGUCAGGUGAAGGGCUACGGCUUUGUCAACAUGGCUUCACCCCAGUCGGCACAGGCUGCCAUCCAGGGCCUUAAUGGGUACCGACUGGAGGGCAAGACACUGACGGUUCGCAUCGCAGGGCAACGUCCACCCCAAGGCCCUGCUCCGAUGGCCACUUCUGCCAAUGCCACAGUCAUGGGCGCAAGGCCACAGCUUCCCAAUCGGGGUCCGCUGCCGAUGGUGUACUCGCUGGGACAGACGGCCCCGCCCGCCCCUGCUCCUGUGCCCAUGGCCUACCCGCCAGCCCACCCAAUGGUGCCUGUGGCCUCGAGGCCACAGCCCAUGGUCCCGAUGGCCCGCAUGACGCACCUCCCCCCUGGCGGUGUGGUGGCACCCCAACCUGGGAUGGCUCCUGUGUAUGCUCCCCACGCAGUGCCCCACGGCCACUACCCCCCGCCCCAAGCUCAGGUGCCGCCCCCGGGCUACGCCAUGCCUCAGCAGUACGGCCAGCCGACCUACAGCAUCCCGCCACCACUGCCUCAAGCCGGGAGGGAACCGCCGCCGCCGCCGCCGAGCGGCCCCCCUCCCAACAUCCCCCCUCCUCCGCCGGAGGGCAAUGUGCAGAGCGAGUACGAGAGGUUCAUGCAGGAGAUGCAGGGAGGAUUGCCAUCAUGA